CCCGAAGUGACUCAGUGCUGAACAUCUGGGACUGAUCAGGGGAUCACAAACUGAGAAGAAGUCAUCUGGCUCCUAGAAACAAACACAUUCAGUCCCUCUGCCCCAAGGAAUGCCUCUUCCUUAAUGAUGAAACCCAACAGCCAUUUUAAAUCCUUUUAAUCUUUUCAGCCACACUAUGUUUAACUUUUUUUAGCAAUUUUUAGCAUCAUUUUUUUGGCUUCAGAGGAUGGCAAAUUGCCUUUGACCUCGGGCUGGCGGCGUUUGGGGUUUCCCACUGAGCUGAUUCCCCAAAAUUUCCUGGCACCAUGGCAGCCCUGCAGGUCCAUCUGCUGCUGGUUGCAUCCCUCCUGAGCAGCCUGGGAGCAGGGCAGUGCCUGGUGCAGGAUGCAGCCCUGCUGAGCUACAUGGACCAGCGUUUUCUGGCUCUGGAGAGGAGGCUGGAGAAAUGCAACCAAGACGUGCUGGAGUACGUGGAGGAAUUCCGGGAAUUUUCCAAGGCGGUGCUGUCCCGCCUGGCAGGACUGAGCUCUGGCAGGGCUGAGCUUCAGAGGCAGGUGGAGGGUCUGCUGACAAGAGUUGAGCAUGCACAGAGGGACAUCGAAUAUUUUGGAUCCACCACGGAUUCCAACGCCUGCGUGGAGGUGCACGAGGACCUGCUGGAGCAGCAGCUGCUGGAAAAGGAGGAAGAAAAAAAGAGACUCAAACUCAUGUUUAAUGCAAGUUGUGACCAUGUGCUUGCAGGUGUUAGGUCCCUGAAGGUGGUGAAGAAGACUGGAGCAAAGCACGGCUCUUGGAUGAAAGACCCUGGCAAAAAGCACCCCAAGGUUUAUCUAUUGAGUGGCUCUGUAAACAAUGUGGUUUUGGAAUUUGCAAACAUCAUGGCUUUCAUGGAGGACAACCAGAGCCUGAAGGCUCACAGAAUCCCCUUGCCACUGCCCUGGGAAGGAACUGGCCAGGUCAUCUACCAGGGUUUCCUCUUCUACCACAGGCACGGCUCCUUGAACGAAAUCAUCAAAUUCAACAUACAGAAGAGAAAGGUAGCUGGCCAGAUGCUGCUGCCAGGGGCUGGGAGGAUUCCUGCCUACCAGCUCUCUGCACACACCAAGAUAGACCUGGCUGUGGACGAGCAGGGGCUGUGGGCUCUGCACGCAGAGCCGGAGACCGGGGGGAACAUCGUCAUCACCAAAAUCCACGCGGCGUCCCUGGCUGUGCAGCACAGCUGGGACACCCCCUGCAGCAGCAGGGGUGCUGAGGCUGCUUUCAUGGCCUGCAACACCCUCCAUGUGCUCUACAACUCCCCUUCUGGGGGCUCCUCCCGUGCCCUGUGUGUUUAUGAUGUGCUGGGCGCUCGCACAAACCCGGGGCUGCAGCUCCCCAAACGCCAGGGCAGCCACUCCACUGUGCACUACAACCCCAAAGAGAAGCAGCUCUUUGCCUGGGGUGAUGGCUCCCAGAUCAUUUACAAGCUUCACAUAGAGCAAAAAGUUUAAAAGCUCCAGCAGCUUUUUCAAAAGCCACCAGUCCUGGGUCAACACAGCCAUAAAUAUGCUCUAAAAUCACAUUAUUCCCCUCUGUUAAGACUUUCAUCCAUUUUGCAUAACACUUGUGUACCCCAGUAAUCUUCAUGCCCAAUAAAGAAUAUGUGAAGACUCCA